AUGCACAAUCUUGCGAAACCGAUGUCAGUAGAUCCUUUUAAACAUCGUCAUGAACUUCUUGAGCGUCUGGAUAUCCUGAGAAACAACGAUAGCUUGUGUGACGUGACGAUCGCAGUAAAGAGCAAAGAGUUUAAAGCUCACAGAGCUGUGUUAGCAGCAGCCAGCCCGUUCUUUCUGACACUUCUGACAAGCGACAUGAAAGAAAGCAACGAACAACUGAUCAAAGUAGAGCUAGAAGAGGCCACUGAAUCUGUGAUGGAAGAUGCGCUAACGUACUUGUACACUGGGAAUGUCACGGUCGUUGAGGAGAGAGCACACAAUUUGAUUGCAACGGCAAAUUUUCUUCUUUUGCCAAGCCUUAAAACAAUGGCGGCCAAUGUCUUGAAGGAGCAUGUGACAACAGCGAACUGCCUUUUCAAUUAUUAUUUUGCUGACAAGUAUGAGGUUUUGGAGCUGAAGGAAAAAUGCUGUGAAGUAAUCAACAUAAAUUUCAGUACUGUUAUGAAAACAGAGGAUUUUCUAAAUCUGAAUGUGAAGCAAGUUAUGGAGUGGGUGUCUAGUGAUGACGUCAUUGUGAAUGCCGAGGAAGACAUUUUCCAAGGAAUUGUCAAGUGGGUGUCUCGCAAUAAGAGCGAGAGAGAAAAAGAUUUUCCAGAGUUAUUGCACCAGAUUCGCCUGUCAUCAAUAUCACAUGACUUUCUACUGAAUACAUUGGUCAAAGAAGAACUGAUUACUGAAAACCCUGUAUUUUGUUUAAAUUUUGUAGUUAAUGCCAUGAAGUCAUCUCUGCUGAGUUCCAGUGAUGGCGAAUCUUCCCAUUUACCAAGAAAAUGCCAGGAGACACACACUGAUGGGAUAUUUAUUUGUGGUGGGAGGAAGGCAUUGUGUUACUUUCCUCAGGAAAAUAUGUGGUACAGGAUGGCAGAUACACUGUUUGAGCAUGAAAAUCCCACUCCUGCCUGGUAUAAAAGUAAAGUUUGCAUUUUUGAUUCAAAGAUACACAAGGUGGUUGAGUCACAGGUGAUGGAAUGCUAUGAACAAGAAGACAACACCUGGGGAGCAUUUCAAAGAGCAUUUCAGACAAAAUUUAAAAGUUACUUAGUUUUAAACAAUGAGUUACAUGCAGUCUUUUUUCCUUCCUAUCCUCAGCUUGGAGAAGUAGAAAUACACAGACAUGAUUCAGAAACUACUAAGUGGAACAAAAUGGAAUCCUCGCCUUUUGCACAACAGUACCCUUGUGUUGUUAAUGAUCAUGUACAAUACGUGUACAUAAUAGCUGGAAAAAACACCAACAGAACAUCAAGAUAUGAUUCAAGGGACAACAAAUGGGAAGAACUUGCCUGUUGCAAUGAGGGAAGGUAUAAUGCUUUUGGUGCAGCUAUGAAUGGCAAGAUCUUUAUAGCAGGAGGUGAAACUGAUCGUGGUUAUCUCAGCUCCUGUGAAGUGUACAACCCUGCUUCUGAUGAGUGGCAGCUGAUUCCUAGUCUUAAGCAACAACGAUUCAAUGCAAGCAUGGUGUGUUUUCAGGGGAGGCUAUAUGUGCUAGGUGGGACCAUAGUUUUUCCUGGUUGUAUUUGCUCAAGAGCCUUAACAGUUGAAAUGUUUGAUUCAGAGAGCAAUGAGUGGACGGAGAUAUCACAAAUACCAGUUGAAAGAUUAGAACGUCAGGAAGAAAUGAAGAAGUCUAAGGUAUUUAAAGCUUGUUCUGCAAGACUUAGCAAAAAAGUGAUACACAGACUCAAGCCCCUAAAUUAA